AUGUCCGCUGCGAAGAAACGACGCCUUCUUCGGGAAGAGAAGGAAAUAACUUACUCUGAUAUCAAAAACGAGGAGGUCAACAUUCUCAACGAACUUCGAUACUUCGAGGAUCAAACCCGCUUCUUCACAGACCUUGCGAAUAGGGAUGGCUGGAUUAAGAGUGUUGUUGCUCAUCAUCUAAACAUCGACCCUUCGAGAUGCGAUUUGGCCGAAUCGGCGGAAUGGCUCAAGGGUAGUUUCAACAUAUGUAUCCCAGUUACUAUUCAAGGCUGGAUAAGAGGCCAGUCUAAACAUCGCGUUCUUCUUCGACUACCUCUUCCAUUCAAAGUUGGGGAAGCGUUUAGGCCAGGUAACGCUGAUGAAAAGAUCAGGUGUGAGGCCGGCACCUAUGCAUGGCUUCAGGAAAAUCAUCCUGAUAUCCCCAUUCCACAACUUUAUGGAUUCUCCCUAUCAUCUGGUGAAUCAUUCACUAUGAUAGGGAAUCUACCACUUCUCACCAGAUUGUAUCACCGUAUAUAUCAUCAAAUACUCUCAUGGAUCAACAGAUUCAUAUGGUCUGAUUAUACAAUUCUAUCUCAAUACGUCCGUCAUCCCAUUGCAACCCCGCCAGACCUCGGAUACAUUCUAAUAGAGUGUAUUGAGCCAAACCGAGGAAGGAUGCUCUCGGAUACUUGGGCUAAGGAUUCAAACAAUACGACCCUGAGGACUACGUUAUUCCAGAGUCUUGCUCGUAUAAUGCUGAGCCUUGCCCGUAUCCCUCUGCCCCAAAUUGGAUCAUUUGUUAUAGAUAAUAACGGCUUUAUCUUAUUAUCUAAUCGGCCGUUAACUCUCGAAAUUCAACAGCUAGAGAAUGAUGAAAUUCCUAUAGAUAUUCCCCGCGAUUAUAUCUACUCAACUACAGACUCUUAUAUUACUGAUAUUGUGGGUAUUCACAAUAACCGUCUACUCUACCAACCAAAUACUAUUAAUAAUGGCUCAGACUUUAUACAGCAGGCAACGGUUUUAACUGGAGCUCGUGUUUCAAUUCCUCUUUUCUUUCGACGAGACUUACGCCGGGGCCCAUUUAUAUUCUCUUUAACUGAUCUUCACCAGAGCAAUAUAUUUGUUGAUAAGAAGUGGAACAUUACUUCACUUGUGGAUCUUGAAUGGGGAUGUUCUCUACCAAUUGAGAUGACCCAUCCACCUUAUUGGCUUACUGGUGAUUUCGUUGAUCAUAUUAAUGAAGAUGAAUAUAAAAAGUUAUGGACGGAAUUCAUACAAAUCUUAGCCCAGGAAGAACGUGAUACCAAUCGACAACCGCAGUUAUCAGCAAUUAUGAUAAGAGGAUGGGAGAUGGGUACCUUUUGGUAUUCACUUGCUCUACAAAAUCCUGUUGCUAUCUUCCGCCUAUUCAUUGAUAGGAUUCAAGCGAAAUUCCUUAGGGAAGACAUAUAUGAACAGUAUCAACAGGAAUACGGUCUCAUCAUGACAUCACACUGGGCAUUUAAUGUCACGGACACUAUCAAUAAAAAGAUAGGAGACCGAAGAGAAUACGACAACAAACUUCGGCACGCUUUCGGUGAAUCAGCACUAUGCUAG